CGCAAAGCAUUUCGGGAAGAGCCGCGAAACGCGAAGCUGGCGUUCUUCUGAAGAAGAAACAAAGUCCAAGGACGGCUAGAGGUGCCUGCCCAGUACCUGUCGCAGCUUGGGGUUACCCAGUUUUUGUGGAAACAGCCACUGCCCACGCGGAGCGGCAAGGGCCCUCAGGCUUCCGGAGUCCCAGUGAGACGCACGGUGACGCAAUUCCUGAGCGCGCCAAUCCAGGGUUGGCUAGGAGGGCGGGCUCUUCAAAUUUGAAUUCCCUAAUAGUUCGUGUUAGGGAACCUCACGGAGAAGGUGAGAAUCACCUGGGGCUCGGCCGCUGAGGGGUGGGGCAGACUUGGCCCAGAGGCGCGAUCUUAGGGCGCCCAGGUCCCCCGCUGCCCCGAAGCCGAGCCCAGACUGCUGCCGUCUCUCCCGGUCAGGCUCUUCACCCAAGGUUCCUCUGGCCCCCUGCUGAAGGUCUAUCCUGAAAAUUGUGUGAAUUUUCUGUUAGAGGGAAUUUGUUGCUUCUGUUUAUCAAGAUGAUUGCAACACCUUUGAAACAUCCAGGAAUGCACCUGUCUUCAGAUACAUCUUCUCAAAGAAAUAUGCCCAUGCAUGCGAUCUUUUUUGACAGCAUUCCUUCAGGCACACUUACUCCUGUAAAAGACUUGGUGAAAUAUCAGAAAUCUGCUUUAAAACUGAAUAAUCAUAAAAAGAGUCAGUUUGUAGAAAUGGCAGUUUUUAAUAAUAAAAAUGUAUUUCAGUCUACCAUGCUAGCGGAGGCUACCACCUCUAACAGUUCUCUUGAUAUCAGUGCUAUAAAGCCCAAUAAGGAUGAAUUUAAAAAUAAGGCAAGCUAUGAAUCACCAGGAAAAAUAUUUCAAAGAAUGAAAGAAAAAGUCCUACGUGACAAGCAAGAAGAAGCAUCAAGAAACAGUUUUUUGGAACCAACACAAAAUGAAAGUUUCACUCCUAAUGGAGCUGAGGAAAGAAUAUUAAAGCAUACCUACCUCUGUGAAGAAAAGGAAAACAACAAAUCAUUCCAGCCAGAAAACAGUUCACUAAGAGAAAACUCAACCUCAAUCCAAGAAGUUCCUCUGGAAUCAUCAAAUAAUAUUUUUGUGCCGGUCAAGCAAAAGAUUAAAUAUCAGCAGGAAAAGAAGGUGCCUCUGCACAAUUUAACUUAUGAGCUUCCAGUUCUGAACCAAGAACAUAAAAAUGUUGCAGCUGCAAACAGGGCACUAACUAGAGCUCAGCUGGCUAGACAAAUUCUUCACUCAAAGGAGAAUACAGUUGCAACCAAUAAAUCCAAAAAGGACACGUUUGUUUUAGAAGACAUUGAUUCUACCUGUGAAAAGUCCCCAAAUACCACUGUUGAGACUCUUUGUGGUCCUGAUGUUGAGAAUGGUGGUCAAUUACUGGUUUCCGAUGAUAGUAAGAUUACAGCAGAAGGCACUUCAAAACAGGAAAUUAAGGAAGGAAAUGAGAAAACAAUGCACAGAGAGACUGAUUUUACAGGUUCCAUGAAUGAUACUUGUAAAAUUGUGCUUGCAACUCCACGAUUUCAUAUAACAAUACCUCAGAGAUCAAAAAGAAAUGCUUGGAACCCUUCUCCAAGUACAAGCCAAACUAUUACAAAUGGAGUUAAAGUUAAGGUAGUCCAGCUACAGGAAUGGAUGAUUAAAGUCAUCAAUAAUAACACUGCUAUAUGUGUAGAAGGAAAACUGAUAGACAUCACCAACAUAUAUUGGCACAGUAAUGUAAUUAUAGAACGGAUUAAGCACAACAAACUUAGAACUUUAUCAGGCAACAUUUAUGAACUAAAAGGAAUGAUAGACCAGAUUUCCAUGAAAGAAGCAGGUUACCCAAAAUAUCUCAUAAGGAAAUUUAUGUUUGGAUUUCCAGAAAAAUGGAAAGAGUACAUUGACAAUUUUUUAGAACAGUUAAGGGCUUGUGAGAAGGAAAAAGGAAAGGCCAGACAAAACCAGAAAGCUGAAAGAUGUGUUCCUGACAUUCAAAAAUCAAUGAAAAAUGAUGCAAGGAAAACAAAACCAGAUGUCCUCCAAAGAGCCACCACCACUUAUGACCUUGACUGUGAUUCUUUGGAGAGAACUAAAGAAUCAAAAGUAUCCAUUGAUAUUCUAACAUCAAAGGAACAGUUUUUCACAGAUGAAGAAAGAAAAUAUAUGACUGUUAAUCAGAAGAAACCUUGUGUUUUAGUGACACCACUUAAAUCUAAAAAAAUUAUAGAGAAAAAAUGCAUGAACUAUAAUCUGUCAUCUGACACCAUUAAAGCAGUAACAGAAUUUGCGUUGGGAAAGCCUCAAAAAGAAAGUAAAACAGACUCAAAUGAAACUACAAGUCCAGUCAGUAAGCCCACAAAGACUUUAGAAGGUACGUUUGAGUGUAGUGUGGGCCGUAAUAGUGAAAAUACGGAAGAUUGUUUUGAACAUGAUUUCCUCACUGUCAACGACAAAAUAAAAAUACCCAGUCCUAAAAAGGAACAAACGGUCACCUCUGACUUUAAGAAAAAUACAAGGUUAUCAAAACUGAAGAAAAUUGAAAAUCAAGUAACUGUGUCAUUUGACAAGCAUCAGUCCUCACCAGAUUUGUCUAAUGAAGAAAGUGAAAAAGGAAAGAAAUUUAGAAGGAAAACUGAGAUUGUUAAGAAAACCAGAGCAAUAAAUACUGAAAAAAUAGUGGUUCAGCAGAGAAAAAGCACAAGGAAAACAAAGACAAUCCCAGUGAUGUCUGAAUCUGAAACUGAAGAAAGUGAAAAUGAAUUUUAUAUGAAACAAAAGAAAGCUAAAUGUUCUGCUAAAGAAAAUCUUCAGAAACCUGAUGUUGGUAAUGAACUUCCAAAUACCGAGAAAAUGGGAUCUGGUAAGACAAACAGGUAUUCCUUGGAAUGUUUGCCUGGUCUUACUCAGGAUGAGGAAUGGAAUAAGAAAGAAUUACAGAAACUUCAUUGUGCUGUUGCAUCUCUGCCAAAGCACAAGCCUGGUUUCUGGUCAGACGUAGCUACGGCUGUAGGUUCUCGAUCUGCGGAUGAAUGCCAGAGGAAGUACAUGGAAGAUCCCCGAGGAAAAAGAUUUCAGAAACAUGACACCAAGAAAAAGCCAGCCAACCCCAAAGGCCAAGAUGGCAAGAUCGAUGAUGCUGAUAAGGAAACUAUGAAGAUAACUGCCAAAGUGGGAACUCUUAAAAGGAAGAAGCAGAUGAGAGAUUUUCUUGAACAGCUGCCAAAAGAUGACCAUGAUGAUUUUUUCAGUGCAACACCUUUGCAGCGUCAAAAAAUACUGUUACCAAGUUUCCAGGACAGUCAAGAAGGGGAUGAUAUUCUGCCAAAUAUGGACAGAAAUCCAACAACUCCAUCAUCAGUUAUCUUUCCACUGGCAAAAACUCCCCAGUGCCAUCAUGUCACGCCUGGCAUGCUGGACUCUAUAAACAGGAAUGAUUGUGAUAAAUAUGUUUUUCGUAUGCAAAAAACCCAUAAAAGUAAAGGUGGCACUACCUGGGGCAAUAUCAAGAAAAAAACAUUUGAAACUGAUUUUUCAACUCCACCAUCAAGAAGAAAAACACCAUUUAACAAAGAAUUAGCAGAAAACUCUGGUAUUGGAAAACUUUUCACAAAGGCUAUGGAGUCUUUAGAUGAAGAAGAGAACGAUUAUUAUUUUUCAGAUUCUGAUUCUGCAUAGUAUAAAUAAGAGAACAUGUCCAGGAUGUUUAUCAAGAAGCAGACAGUGUAUUUGUGUCUUCAUCUGAAGUAUAUAUAUGUUUUCUUUAUAGAAAUUGCACACUCUUUUUCAAAGGUUUCAUGUUUUAUGUCUCUCAUAAGCAUCUUAGUCUGUUUAAGAAAAUCAUGUUCCAUACAGGUUUUCUUUUUUUUUUUAAAGCAUUUAAGAAAAUAUUACUAUUGUUAAACGGAGAGAUGGGGGAGAAUAGAAUAUAGAUUGUAGCUACUGAGUUCAUGAAAACUUUAGGUUAGCAUUUGUUACCACAAGCUUUCUCCUGAUUGUUUUUCUUAAAGCUUGUGAUUGGCACAUCCGUGAAACCUAUGUAAAUUUCAUUUAUUGCUUUUAAGUAUUUUUAUUAAAUAGAUUGAGAAGACAUUUUGUUGUAUUUUUAAGCAGACAUAGCAAAAAUUUGGUCUCAGUAUUGAAAAGACUGGAUUAGACAAAACAUUCAGGUUACAGAUUUACUACUGUAAGAAGUCAAGUUACUAUGUCAUGUCAUAGUAAACACUGUUUUCCUUUUGGACAGCUUCUUUAGAAAUAAACAUCUUUUAGCAUAUUCUGCCAUUAUGUUUUAAAUUUGACAUGAAAAUUUUUUUCCCUCUGUUUAUAGUACAUCACUCACCCUUUCUCUCCAGUUAGGUUGUUCAAAUAAAGUAAGUUUUUUUAAAAA